AUGUCGGCCUCGCUCUUCCGUUCCACCCUCGCGCGCCGCGUCCUCUCUCCCGGCGUCCUCGGCCAGAGGCGGGCAGCAGGCGGCGGCGCGUACCACGAGCCGACCGGCAGGCUCUUUGGCGAGCACGCUCCGGCACCCGGCCAGAAGCGCCAGAAGGAGGACUGGGAGAACAUCUACUACUACGGGUUCGGCGGCGGGAUGCUCCUCGGCGCGGUCCUCAUCUACUACAAGCCCGACACGAGCAUCGAGGGCUGGGCACGGAAGGAGGCCGAGAAGAAGAUGGCCGCCGCGGGCGAGACGCCGUCGUACCAGAAGUCGGCGUGA